CGCUGUUAGCAACAACAUAUAUUCAGCAGGCAACACGUCUUCGACAAUCAAUCAACGCACGAAGGCAUCUGUUCACUACCGCAUUCUUCACGCGUAUACUCAGCAUCGAUGCCAAAUCUUCCUUCCCGCCGUCGCGGUGCCCGUCCCGUCAGUGCCGAAGGUGAAGAUACGAAGGCAUGCGACAUCGUCGUCGACUCGUCCAAUUCCGAACCCCUAGACUCCCCCCAAACGCUCUCCACAUCCUCUGAGUCGGCGUCGGACGGCGCGCUGGCAGGCGAGAGAGUUACGAGUGACGAAACCGUGGAAACGUCGGCUCAUUCCACCCAAGCGCAUAUAUCCCCAGAGACGACGGCAUCCCGCCCAGUCCGCCACCCAGAGCAUAUGUACGUGGGUCGUGGACGUGGUCGUGGACGCGGUGGUCCUCGCGGUGGCCUCGGUACACAUCCGCGAACUAUGGUUACUCAUAAGGAUACCGCAACGGUGGGUAACAGCCAUAUGCCCUCAAACCCGAAUGAUUCUAUAACUACAUCGCACGCACGGCAACCACCAACAGGACCACGGCAUGAUCGAGGUGUUGGUUAUGUGAUGCAAGAACCUCGAAACUUUCGCGGUAGAGGUGCAUUUAGGGGCAGUACGAGAGGGCAAGGGCGUGAUGGUUGGGUUGGGCCACAGAGAGCAAUAUCUCGGGAGAGACAGCAAGGAACCCGCUGGGGUCAUCGUGGAUUUGAAGAAUUGAAUGGGUCGUUGGAAAAGAUGUCUAUUGAGGAUGAGGCAAAGGUGGAUAGGGCUGUGGUGGAGUCGGCUCUGAUUGACCCAGCGGAGCAGCCGAAAGCGAUCGUCAACUUGCCAUCUGUGCCUUCCGCCUCCCCGUCACAAGCUCAACCUCUUCAGCGCCGGUCGCAGCAAGACGAAGUUCGUCAUGUAGCAAUUCAACUCAAAAUGCCAAACAUGACGGAGCCGCGAAUUGUGACGGUCCCAUACCGCCGCUAUCUCGAUAUUCCUCGACACAGGAAGCAGCUGAAGUUUGAUAUGGCAGUCCGUGUCGCGCUACCAGGCUCGAGGCAGGCGUUCGUGUAUCCGACCCCUGAAAGUGCUCAAGCUGCUGGAGCGGGUUUGCGUGCGAAGCCUGUGAAGCAGGAAAACGGAAGGGUCGAGGCACCCCUCAUCACUCCUGAACCUGAAGACGCACCUAAGAUCAUCGUCAGACUCCCAUCGUCACUCCAACCCAGAAGGGAUCGGGAUGUACCACCGGCCGCCUACGCCAAAUCUGAUGCGCCGUCACCCGAAAGUGUCAAAUCUAUUCCUACGAAAGCCCACUCAGUCUCCUCCUCGACCGCGUCUCCGGUACAAGUCCAUCAACCUCGUCCGACGAAGGCGGUCAACGUCGCGGACAUAGAGACUGAAACACAGACCCCGGCAGCACCCACCCGCACCUCUGCCGAGCUCCCCGACACCGCGGUAUUUGCCCCUCCCUUCCAACCAACAUACUCCAGCCCGCCCGCCUACGGGUACUACGGCCCAGCAGCCAUGACCCGUGGGUUCUCAGGAGUGUCGUACGCCUCCUCGUCUUUCGCACCAGGACAGGCUUUCAGCCCCACAGUCUCCACUGCGCAGGAGAGUAAUGGAAUGGUCUACUACAACAACUACUACAACGAUCCAGUAGUUGCCGCUGUCGCCGCUGCGCCAUAUUAUCCACAACAGCAAACAUCUGCUUACGGGUACGGGUACUCGACGGGCAGUGCGCCGGUGUGGACUGGACCUGGUCCUGCGCCGCCGAUGGAGAUGAGUGGGAGUGGAGCAGGGAUGAUGGGCAUGGGUGGCGCAGGAGGUGCUUAUUAUGGCGGAUUUAUGGUCCCGCAGCAGCCCGUUUAUUAUGCUUAGGAUAAGUUAUUUUCCGCUGGAGGUGAGAUUGCACGAAUUGAGGCACGGCUCUGGAGCUGCCUUGUCAUCGUGAAGUAUCCUUAGUAAUAUUAUUCUAUCUCUCA